AGCGGUCGGCGGGGAGGCGGGCGCGAGGGCGGGGAGCGGCGCGGAAGCCGGGCCACAUAAAGGAGCGGGCGGCGCGACAGGGGCGGCUCUUUCCUGGGUGGGGUUUGUGAAGUCGUGGCCCGUUAGCAGGAAGCCUAACAGUCGCCCCGACGCUAGUGAGGGACCCAAUCUGAGUCCCCGGCCAGCCGAAUCCGAGCCGUGUGUACUGCGUGCUCAGCACUGCCCGACAGUCCUAGCUAAACUUCGCCAACUCCGCUGCCUUUGCCGCCACCAUGCCCAAAACGAUCAGUGUGCGUGUGACCACCAUGGAUGCAGAGCUGGAGUUUGCCAUCCAGCCCAACACCACCGGGAAGCAGCUAUUUGACCAGGUGGUGAAAACUAUUGGCUUGAGGGAAGUUUGGUUCUUUGGUCUGCAGUACCAGGACACUAAAGGUUUCUCCACCUGGCUGAAACUCAAUAAGAAGGUGACUGCCCAGGACGUGCGGAAGGAAAGCCCCCUGCUCUUUAAGUUCCGUGCCAAGUUCUACCCUGAGGAUGUGUCCGAGGAAUUGAUUCAGGACAUCACUCAGCGCCUGUUCUUUCUGCAAGUGAAAGAGGGCAUUCUCAAUGAUGAUAUUUACUGCCCGCCUGAGACCGCUGUGCUGCUGGCCUCGUAUGCUGUCCAGUCUAAGUAUGGCGACUUCAAUAAGGAAGUGCAUAAGUCUGGCUACCUGGCCGGAGACAAGUUGCUCCCACAGAGAGUCCUGGAACAGCACAAACUCAACAAGGACCAGUGGGAGGAGCGGAUCCAGGUGUGGCAUGAGGAACACCGUGGCAUGCUCAGGGAGGAUGCGGUCCUGGAAUAUCUGAAGAUUGCUCAAGAUCUGGAGAUGUAUGGUGUGAAUUACUUCAGCAUCAAGAACAAGAAAGGCUCAGAGCUGUGGCUGGGGGUGGAUGCCCUGGGUCUCAACAUCUAUGAGCAGAAUGACAGACUAACUCCCAAGAUAGGCUUUCCCUGGAGUGAAAUCAGGAACAUCUCUUUCAAUGAUAAGAAAUUUGUCAUCAAGCCCAUUGACAAAAAAGCCCCGGACUUCGUCUUCUAUGCUCCCCGGCUGCGGAUUAACAAGCGGAUCUUGGCCUUGUGCAUGGGGAACCAUGAACUAUACAUGCGCCGUCGCAAGCCUGAUACCAUUGAAGUGCAGCAGAUGAAGGCACAGGCCCGGGAGGAGAAGCACCAGAAGCAGAUGGAGCGUGCUAUGCUGGAAAAUGAGAAGAAGAAGCGUGAAAUGGCAGAAAAGGAGAAAGAGAAGAUUGAACGGGAGAAGGAGGAGCUGAUGGAGAGGCUGAAGCAGAUUGAGGAACAGACUAAGAAGGCUCAGCAAGAACUGGAAGAACAGACCCGCAGGGCUCUGGAACUUGAGCAGGAACGGAAGCGUGCCCAGAGCGAGGCUGAAAAGCUGGCCAAGGAGCGUCAAGAAGCUGAAGAGGCCAAGGAGGCCUUGCUGCAGGCCUCCCGGGACCAGAAAAAGACUCAGGAACAGCUGGCCUUGGAAAUGGCAGAGCUGACAGCUCGAAUCUCCCAGCUGGAGAUGGCCCGACAGAAGAAGGAGAGUGAGGCUGUGGAGUGGCAGCAGAAGGCCCAGAUGGUACAGGAAGACUUGGAGAAGACCCGUGCUGAGCUGAAGACUGCCAUGAGUACACCUCAUGUGGCAGAGCCUGCUGAGAAUGAGCAGGAUGAGCAGGAUGAGAAUGGAGCAGAGGCUAGUGCUGACCUACGGGCUGAUGCUAUGGCCAAGGACCGCAGUGAGGAGGAACGUACCACUGAGGCAGAGAAGAAUGAGCGUGUGCAGAAGCACCUGAAGGCCCUCACUUCGGAGCUGGCCAAUGCCCGAGAUGAGUCCAAGAAGACUGCCAAUGACAUGAUCCAUGCUGAGAACAUGCGACUGGGCCGAGACAAAUACAAGACCCUGCGCCAGAUCCGGCAGGGCAACACCAAGCAGCGCAUUGAUGAAUUUGAGUCCAUGUAAUGGGCACCCAGCCUCUAGGGACCCCUCCUCCCUUUUUCCUUGCCCCACACUCCUACACCUAACUCACCUAACUCAUACUGUGCUGGAGCCACUAACUAGAGUAGCCCUGGAGUCAUGCCAAGCAUUUAAUGUAGCCAUGGGACCAAACCUAGCCCCUUAGCCCCCACCCACUUCCCUGGGCAAAUGAAUGGCUCACUAUGGUGCCAAUGGAACCUCCUUUCUCUUCUCUGUUCCAUUUAAUCUGUAUUGCUAGAAUAUCCUACUUCUCCAGCCUAGAGGUACUUUCCACUUGAUUUUGCAAAUACCCUUACACUUACUGUUGUCUUAUGGGAGUCAAGUGUGGAGUAGGUUGGAAGCUAGCUCCCCUCCCCUCCCUUACCACUGUCUUCUUCAGGGUCCUGAGAUUUACAGGGUUGGAGGGUUACGUGGUCUAGGGAAUGAGACAGGACCUUGGAUAUCUGCUUCAGGAUGUCAACUGACCUAAAAUUUGUCCUCCCAUCCCGUUUAGAGUUAUUUAGGCUUUGUAAUGAUUGGGGGAUAAAAAGAUGUUCAGUCAUUUUUGUUUCUACCUCCCAGAUCGUACCUGUAACAAACUCAGCCUCAAUAUGCCUUGUCAUUGACUUUAGGGACUCAAUUUCUCCCCAGGGUGGGUGGGGGAAAUGGUGCCUUCAAGAGGCUUCACCAAAUGUACUAGAAGGCCAUUGGCCAUUCUAUUCUGGCAAGGCUGAGUAGAAGAUCCUACCCCAAUUCCUUAUAGGAGUAUAGGCCUGUCUAAAGUGAGCUCUAUGGGCAGAGCUACCCCUUACUUAUUAUUACAGAUCUGCGGUCACUUUGUGGGAUCUGCCCCUCCCUGCUUCAAUGCCCAAAUCCUCUCCAGCUAUAACAGUAGGGAUGAGUACCCAAAAGCUCAGCCAACCCCAUCAGGACUCUUGUGAAAAGAGAGGAUAUGUUCACACCUAGCGUCAGUAUUUUCCCUGCCAGGGGUUUUAGGUCUCUUCCCCUCUCAGAGCUACUUGGGCCAUAGCUCCUGCUCCACAGCCAUCCCGGCCUUGGCAUCUGGAGCUUGAUGCCAGUAGGCUCAACUAGGAAGUGAGUGCAAGAAGCUGAGUAUGGUGAGAGAAGCCUGUGCCCUGAUCCAAGUUUACUCAACCCUCUCACGUGACCAAAAUCCCCUUCUCAUCACUUCCCUCCAAAGAGGUGACUGGGCCCUGCCUCUGUUUGACAAACCUCUGACCCAGGUCUUGAAACCAGCUGUUCUGUCCCUUGGAGCUGUAAACCAGAGAGCUGCUGGGGAUUCUGGCCUAGUCCCUUCCACACCCCCACCCCUUGCUCUCAACCCAGGAGCAUCCACCUCCUUCUCUGUCUCAUGUGUGCUCUUCUUCUUUCUACAGUAUUAUGUAUUCUACUGAUAUCUAAAUAUUGAUUUCUGCCUUCCCUGCUAAUGCACCAUUAGAAGAUAUUAGUCUUGGGGCAGGAUCAUUUUGGCCUCAUCCCUUUACCACCCCCACACCUGGAAAGAAUAUACUAUAUUACAAAAUGACAUUUUGCCAAAAUUAUUUUUAUUUUUAUUUUUAUUUUUAUUUUUUUUUUUGAGACGGAGUCUUUCUCUGUCCCCCAGGCUGGAGUGCAGUGGCGCAAUCUCGGCUCACUGCAAGCUCCGCCUCCCGGGUUCACGCCAUUCUCCUGCCUCAGCCUCCCGAGUAGUUGGGACUACAGGCGCCCGCCAACACGCCCGGCUAAUUUUUUGUAUUUUUAGUAGAGACGGGGUUUCACCGUGUUAGCCAGGAUGGUCUCGAUCUCCUGACCUCGUGAUCCGCCCGCCUCGGCCUCCCAAAGUGCUGGGAUUACAGGCUUGAGCAAAAUUAUUAAUAUAAGAAGCUUUCAGUAUUAGUGAUGUCAUCUGUCACUAUAGGUCAUACAAUCCUUUCUUAAAGUACUUUUAUUUGUUUUUAUUAUUACUGUUUGUCUUCUCCCCAGGGUUCAGUCCUCAAGGGGCCCUCCUGUCCCACCAUGUAGUGCCCCUAGCUUAGAGCCUCCCUCAAUUCCCCCUGGCCACCACCCCCCACUCUGUGCCUGACCUUGAGGAGUCUUGUGUGCAUUGCUGUGAAUUAUAUUGACACUCACUUGGUGAUAUGUCCUAUAUUGGCUAAAUUCAAACCUGGAAUUGUGGAGCAAUCUAUUAAUAGCUGCCUUAAAGUCAGUAACUUACCCUUAGGGAGGCUGGGGAAAAAGGUUAGAUUUUGUAUUCAGGGGUUUUUUGUGUACUUUUUGGGUUUUUUAAAAAUUGUUUUUGGAGGGGUUUAUGCUCAAUCCAUGUUCUAUUUCAGUGCCAAUAAAAUUUAGGAAGACUUCA